AUGGAUCUUGAAAGUACAGAUCUUGAAAGUACAAAUCUUGAAAGUACAGACCUUGAAAGUACAGAUCUUAAAAGUACAGAUCUUGAGAGUGCAGAUCUUGAAGGCACAGAUCAUGAAUGUACAGAUCUGGACAGUACAAAUCUUGAAAGCACAGACCUUGAAAGUAUAGAUCUUGAAAGUAUAGAUCUUGAAAGUACAGAUCUUGAGAGUACAGAUCUGGAAAAUCUGGACUGUACAAAUCUUGAAAGUACAGAUCUUGAAAGUACAGAUCUUGAAAGUAAAGACCUUGAAAGUACAUAUCUUGAAAGUACAUAUCUUGAAAGUACAGAUCUUGAAAGUACAGAUCUUGAAAGUACGGAUCAUAAAAGUACAGAUCUCUGUAAGUACAGUUCUUGA